UGGGCUGGUCUGAUCUGCAGCGAGCGCAGACUGAGAGGAGGGAGGACCACUCAGACUGUCCCCCUGUCACUGAUUCACAGAUUAGCACAAUAACCGCUUUCUGUUUCAUAUUCUGGGAGCCUGAAGCAGUUUUCCUAACCGGUGUCCCUUUCAGCCUGUCCAUAAAGAAAAGUAUGUAUCCGGUUGGUGGGAUAUCUGCAAGCAUAUACGCCAACAGGCUCCGGUCAGAGGGCAUGGGUUCCAAUGAGCAGGCCGUGCACUUUGCCAGCCAGGACUACGAGGCUCUGAAGCAGGAGUGCGUGGAGGCGGGCUGCCUGUUUGAAGACCCCUGCUUCCCCGCUGAGCCCCCAUCUCUGGGCUUCAAAGAGCUUGCACCCUAUUCAUCUAAAACCAGAGAUGUGGAGUGGAUGAGACCCACGGAACUGACAGGUGAUCCCCAGUUUAUUGUGGGUGGAGCCACCAGAACAGACAUCUGUCAGGGUGCUCUUGGCGACUGCUGGCUCUUGGCAGCCAUUGGCUCUCUGACCCUGAAUGAGAGGCUCCUUCAUAGGGUUGUUCCACACGGCCAGUCCUUCCAAGAUGACUACGCUGGAAUCUUUCACUUCCAGUUCUGGCAGUUCGGCGAGUGGGUAGACGUUGUGAUUGACGAUCGAUUGCCUGUCAAAGACGGAGAGCUCAUGUUUGUCCAUUCAGCUGAGGGCAAUGAAUUUUGGAGUGCACUCUUAGAGAAAGCUUAUGCCAAGCUAAAUGGCUCCUAUGAGGCUCUCUCUGGAGGAAGCACCACCGAGGGCUUUGAGGAUUUCACAGGGGGGGUGUCUGAGAUGUACGAGCUGCGCAAGGCUCCCAAAGAUCUCUACAGGAUAAUCAGUAAAGCCUUGGAGAGGGGCUCCCUGCUGGGCUGCUCUAUUGAUAUCACCAGUGCCUUCGACAUGGAGGCUGUGACCUUCAAGAAGCUUGUGAAGGGCCAUGCCUACUCUGUCACUGCAUUGAAGGAGGUUGAUUACGCUGGCAACAUGGUGCGCCUUAUCCGAAUACGUAACCCCUGGGGCCAGGUGGAGUGGACUGGAGCCUGGAGUGACAAUUCCAGUGAAUGGGAUGAAAUUGACCCAUCUGAAAGGGAAGACCUGCAUCUUAGCAUGGAAGACGGAGAGUUUUGGAUGUCCUUCAGUGACUUUUUGAGGCAGUUUUCCCGACUGGAAAUCUGUAACUUGACUCCGGACGUCCUGAGUGAGGAUAGCCUCAGUCACUGGAACACUAUGAAGUUCUACGGCACAUGGAGGAGAGGCAGCACGGCCGGGGGCUGCAGGAACCAUCCCAACACAUUUUGGAUAAAUCCUCAGUAUAAGAUCACGUUGCUGGAGGAGGAUGAUGACCCAGAGGAUGAUGAGGUGGCGUGCAGUUUCCUUGUAGCCCUCAUGCAGAAGGACCGGCGCAGAUACCGACGCCAUGGUCAGGACAUGCACACCAUUGGCUUUGCUGUCUAUGAAAUUCCAGAGGAGUACAGAGGCUGCCAGAAUGUCCACUUGAAGAAAAAUUUCUUCUUGAGUAAUUCAUCGUGCGCUCGAUCUGAGACCUUCAUCAACCUUCGUGAAGUGAGCACUCGGCUGCGACUGCCGCCCGGGGAGUACCUCAUUGUGCCCUCCACCUUCGAGCCUGGCAAAGAGGCCGACUUCGUCCUCAGGGUUUUCACCGAAAAGCAGUCAGAGACAGAGGAACUGGAUGAUGAAAUAUCUGCUGAUUUUGGAGAUGAGGAGGAAAUAACGGAAGAUGAUAUUGAUGAUUCAUUUAAGUCCAUGUUUGCCCAACUAGCAGGAGAGGACAUGGAAAUCUCUAUUCGUGAGCUCAGGACAAUUCUCAACAGAGUGGUCACCCGACACAAAGAUCUAAAGACUGAUGGCUUCAGCAUAGAAUCAUGCAGAACCAUGGUCAAUCUGAUGGAUAAAGAUGGCAGUGCUCGCCUGGGACUGGUAGAAUUUCAGAUCCUGUGGAACAAAAUCCGAAAGUGGCUGGUCACUUUCAGAGAGUUUGAUCUUGACAAGUCAGGAGCCAUGAGCUCAUAUGAGAUGCGACUCGCUGUGGAAGCAGCAGGCUUUAAACUGAAUAACCGGUUGCACCAGAUUCUGGUGGCGCGGUAUGCAGAGAAUGAACUGAUUGAUUUUGAUAACUUCAUCUGCUGCUUGGUCAAGCUUGAAGCCAUGUUCAGGUCUUUUCAGCAGCUAGACAAGGAGGGAUCAGGAGCUGCUGAGAUGAAUCUCACAGAGUGGCUUUAUCUGACCAUGUGUGGAUGAGGAGCCCUGCAGUUUCAGGAGAAGCUGCAAAACUAUAGUGCCUGCCGCUCUGAGGACCCCUCAGGCUGUAAAACACCCCACCUCAGUGCAAACACAACCUAACAUAGGAGCUUUAUAAGAAAGUGCAGGUGCAUUAAAGCCACAUGUGUCCUAGAAAUAUUUUUGAAGAUAUGCAAUACCACAGCAAAAAAAAAAGUCAUGUAAAUCAGUCAUCUCCAGUACUGGAAA